UAGACUUCGCCCACUCGCAACUGGGGGUUGGGCUUGGGGCAAGCAACAAAGCAAAACCCAUCUCUGGGUCUCAACUCUCAAGCUCUGCAAUUCUUGGAGAAGGAGAGAUAUUCCCAUCUUUCAACAAGCACUUCAAAUGAGCUGCUAGAUACAGAGACCAGAGCCCCAGCAGCUCCCAGCUGCUCGGAUUCCGCCGGAACACUCUGCUGGAAGAGUACAGUUAUCAGGAACUAGGGAUGAAAGUCCGUAACCCUAGAAAGAGAACUUCAAUUUGAUGUCUUCAGUUCUCAAACACAACAACUUAGAAUAAACCAACCAACAAUGUUGCUCCCUACUCUAACGACAGAUAGCGUUCUUAUUGAAAUAUAGACCUGAAAACCCUAUACCAGCACCAGGUGAAAUAAAUGGAGAGAUCUCGAUCAAAGAGGAACUAUUACUACGACCAAGAUUACGAACCUCAAACCCUAGCAAGAACCAAAGCACGAUACCACCACCACCACAAGGCAAUCAAUAAUAACAGUCACCACCGACGCGGUGGCUCCGGUGGAGGUGGUGGUGGUCGAUUAUCUAAACCUCAGGAUGCCUCGCUUAAUGUGACCACCACGUAUCGCAUCCUCUGCCACGAUAUUAAGGCCGGUGGUGUGAUUGGAAAAUCCGGGAGCAUCAUCAAGACAAUCCGGCAGGAGACCGGCGCGUGGAUCAAUGUUCACCCUUUAAUUCCUGGAGACGAAGAGCGGAUCAUUGAGAUCUCCGAUUCCAGGCGGCGGGACCCCGAUGGACGUAUCCCGUCUUUCUCACCGGCGCAGGAGGCCCUGCUCAUGAUUCAUGAAAGGAUACUCGACAGUGAUUCUGCAUUUGGGUUUGGAUGCGAUGGAAGUGCCGGUGACGACGACGAAGAUUAUGGGCCAAGAGGUGGCGGUGGCAGCGGUGGCGGUAGGGUAGCGACCAGGCUUGUUGUGGCGAGGAUGCAUGUGGGGUGUUUGUUGGGAAAGGGUGGGAAGAUCAUUGAGCAAAUGAGGGUAGAGACUAAGACUCAAAUUAGGAUCCUUCCAAGGGAUCACAAUCUGCCUCGGUGUGUAUCCAUGUCGGAGGAAAUCGUUCAGGUAGUAGGUGAUGUAAGUGCUGUAAAGAAAGCUAUAACAAUUAUUUCAUCACGCUUAAAGGAGAGCCAGCAUCGUGAUCGCAGCCACUUUCAUGGACGAUUACAUUCACCAGAGCGUUUUUUCCCUCCUGAUGAAGAUUUUGAUAUGCCACACCGGCCAUCUAUAGAAGGGGGUUCAUUAGGAACACGAUCUUCUGUUGGUGCUUCCAGUGUUAGAAACAAUUCCUAUGCCUCACGUCCAUCUGGCUACGCAUUUGAAGCUGGAGCCAGUCCUUUAGCAGACAAUAUGCAGCCGUUAGAGGAGGUUGUGUUUCGAAUACUUUGCCCAAAUGACAAGGUCAACAAUGUUAUGGGAGAACCAGAUGGUAUAAUAGAAAUGCUUCAGGAUGAUAUUGGUGUGGAUGUCAGGGUUAGUGAUCCUUUGCCUGGAUCAAAUGAGCAGAUUAUUGUUAUUACUUCUGAGGAGGGCCCCGAUGAUGAUUUGUUUCCAGCUCAAGAAGCUUUGCUGCAUAUCCAGAGUCGGAUUGUAGAUCUUGGUCCAGACAAAGACAAUAUCGUAACAACAAGGUUACUUGUCUCAUCUAGUGAAAUUGGAUGUUUAGAUGGACGAGAUGGAUCUUUAUCUGAAAUGAGGAGGUUAACUGGUGCAAACAUACAGAUAUUACCCAGAGAAGAACUUCCAACAUGUGUGCCAGGGUCUGACGAUGCUGUGCAGAUUAUAGGGGAGAUAAAGGCAGCCCGAGAUGCUCUUGUUGAGAUUACUUCAAGGCUUCGCAAUUACUUGUUUCGUGAGAGUACCUUUCCAAAGGAUUUGCAACCACCAUCCAUAUCUUCAGCAGCCCCUGUUGGUAGCAUGUUUGGACUCGAGGCUGCUUCCCCUAGUAAAAUUGCUGCACGUGAAAAUUACCAAGGAAGCGAACCCCCAAUUACAGGCUAUCAGAAUCUGCAGAACGCAACACUUGCAUGGCCAUCAAAGGACGCUGGAGGGUGCAGUAAUGUUCCCUUGGAGCGGAAAGAAAAUGAUGGUCAUGAUGAUCCUCCAAGUGUGUUGCACAGAAUUCCAGUGCCACUCGUCACUAGAAGUACACUUGAGGUUGUCAUACCAGAGCAUGCAAUUCCAAAGCUCAUAAUGAGAUCAGGAAACAAGCUUGCUCAGAUCAGUGAGUUGUCAGGAGCCAGUGUUAGCCUUGUUGAAGAUAGACCUGAGCUAACUGAAAAGAUAAUUCAGAUAUCAGGUACGCCAGAGCAGGCUGAGAGAGCACAGAGUCUACUUCAGGGGUUUAUUCUGAGCACACAAGAAGAUGAUCCUCCAAGUUAAUAACAUUAGCCGAGCCGGUGGUACUUGCUGUGAGUGUGGCUUCCAUAUGCAAAUUGCCAAGAGUGGUGGACAGUUUUCCUACUUGUGUAAAGAGGUAUUUAUGCCUUGUUUCCAAUUAUGUGCAGUUUAAAUUGUAAGAAAGUAAGUGGAGAAAAGGUUGAUGUAAACCUCGGUUUUAGACAAGCCUUUCAUUAUAAGCCAUUCCCUCAUUUUUCUUUUCCUACUUUUGCAUGACAGUUAAAUGGUAAUUUCACGAUUUACUUGUUA